AUGGAUUUCUCCAAUCUGAAAGAUCAGGUCAGCAAUAUGACCUUGUAUGAUCUCAAGGCCGGAGUCCGCAAAGUCCAAAAUGCCGUUAUGAACUAUACCGAGAUGGAAUCCAAGGUUCGGGAAGCUACAAACAAUGAACCUUGGGGUGCCUCGACUACGUUGAUGCAGGAGAUUGCCAAUGGAACCCAUAGCUACCAAUUGCUCAACGAAAUCAUGCCCCUGAUCUACAAGCGAUUCACCGACAAGGCCGCGGAGGAAUGGCGUCAGAUUUAUAAGUCUCUCCAGCUACUCGAAUUCUUGAUCAAGAACGGUUCCGAACGAGUUGUUGACGAUGCACGAUCCCACAUGUCAUUGAUCCGCAUGCUGCGGCAAUUCCACUUUAUCGAUAUGAACGGAAAGGACCAGGGUAUCAAUGUGCGCAACCGCUCCUCUGAGUUGGUGAAAUUGCUAGGCGAUGUGGAUCAGAUUCGCACCGAGCGCAAGAAGGCCAAGAACAACCGCAACAAGUUCAGUGGAUUUGAAGGUGGCAUGGGUGCCGGAAUGAACAGUUCUAGCUCCGGCCGGUAUGGAGGCUUUGGCAGUGACAGCAUGGGAUACGGUGGAUACAGCGGAGGCGUCUAUGGUGACGGUGGCGGCUUUGGCGGCGCAUCUGGCGGCGGCGAUUUCCAGGACACAGGAAGACGCACGAACCGAUUCGAGGAGUACGACGAAUAUGACGAGGGUGAUGCAACUCCCGCACGCUCGCGCGAACCUGUCACUCGCGCGAAGGCCCCUGCGACCAAGCCAGAGCCUGCCCCUGCUCCGGUAGCGGACCUCUUCGACUUUGGCGACGACGAGCCUGUCACCACAACCUCCACUGCUGUCGGCAAGCAGCCUGCCGGCAGCGGAAUCAGUAUGCUAGACAACGCAGCCGACGACGACGACUUUGACGACUUCCAGUCCGCAACUCCCGCCCCGCAGCCCCAAACAGCGUCAUCCAACUUCGCCAUUGCACCCCCGGCCUCCACCGCCAGCACCACUUCCAACACUCAAUUCGUUGCGCCAAAGCCAAUCUCAGCUUCGCAAGGUGCCGACAUCAACGGCCUAGUCGGCUUCACAUCGGUCACCCCAACCCCUUCCAGCAGCGGGUUCACCUCUCCCUCAUCUCAGCAACCCAAGCCCUCAGGUUACCAAGCAGCCAUGCCCAACUACUUCACCUCAGUCGCAAACAACAACCAGCAGCAGCAUGGCUCAUUCUCCCAUGCCUCCACCCCCUCCUUGUCCUCCGCGACCUCCCCAACGGCCACAGCCAACAAGCCCGCCACCCAAGCAGCCAAGAAGCCCUCCGGCGACGCCUUCGGCUCGCUUUGGUCCACCGCCAGCGCUAGCGCCGGUAUUCAAAAGUCCAACACCGGCACAAACAAAGGCCCCAACCUGGCUAGCAUGGCCAAGGAGAAGGCCAGCGCCGGUAUCUGGGGUGCCCCGGCUCCAUCCAGCUCUGCGUCUACCCCGAGCCAGCACCAGCAAAAGCAGUCCAGCUCUGCCUUUGAUGAUCUACUCGGCUGA